UGAAUCACAAUGAGCUUACAAAUAGAUUCAAGAGUUUUCGAAGUGGUUGAUUAAAACUCGAUGCAGCAAUUAAUGUCAUUUCUUAGUUUAGAUAUUUAACUUGAUGGGUAGCGGUAUCUUUUUAAGGAUGACCAACAAUUUAAAAAGUUUUAAAAAUUUCGAGCUUCAUUCGACUCCAUCAAAGAAAUUUUCCCCAAUUUUUAAAUGAAAAUUAAGCCAAAGUUUGGCGUGAACAAUGAAAAUCAAAACUCAUCCUUCAAAAAAGAUAAAGAUGAAAUUAAUCAAAGGAAUUUAUCAACCCAAAUUAAUUCAGAUUAGAGUUUAACUAAUAAUAAAGGUGAUUAAUCCUAUUAAAAACUUUGCGAAACACCAACUGAUUAAGGAGAGGUUUAAUUUGAAUAAGAAUAGAUUUAAUAAAAGAUUUAAUAAGGUAAAGUCAUAAUUUUUAAUCUUGGUAGAUCCAAAAGAACCAGAAGCAGAAGUAAAAAAUUCUAAGUUUGAAUCAUCAAUAUUAACAGAGGUAGAAAAUUCUCAGGAUUAUUCAAUGCAUGAAUUUAGUGAAAAAAUGAGUGAAAUUAUUGAUUAAAGCAUGAAUGUCUAUGAUGAUAAAAUAAAAAUAAGGCGCAAUGAUAAGACCUUUAUAAUUCAAUUAAAAAAUAGUUAAAUUCUAUAGAUAAUUGAAUAGUUAUAUCUGGAAAAGUGGAGUCAGUUAGUAAUAUAAUUAAAUCUUAUUAAACAAACUAUGAAUUGCUAUAAAUUAGAAAAAAAUACUGAUUAAUAUUAUAUAAUUUAAGAAAUUCAGAAUUUUAUUGAUAGUAUCUAAUCAGUAGAAAUUCAGUUUUGUUUCUACUCUUGUUAUACUAUGAAAGAAUCAUAAUCUAUGAUGAAUAAAUAUCUUUCGUAACGCUAAGUUUAAAUUGCAUAAAUAGGGGAUGAAUUUUAUCUGGUUUCAAGAGAGUAAUCAUAAUAAUUCCUUAAAGAACUAGCAUAAAAAAUCUAUGAAAAUUAUAGAGGUUACAUGUUUUACUUCGCUAGUGCAAAACCUUAUCCUUAUCCAAAUUAUCUUUCAAAUAAUCCUAUUUUAGAAAAAUCAAGAUAUCUCUUUUAUAAGAAAUAUUUAUCCUAAGAUGUUCAGCAAUAUAGCUUCAAUUAAUAUUUUAAUGAGAACUUUUUUUUUAUCGAAAUGAAUUUUUCGAAAGUUAUGGAAAAAAGGGAAUUAAUUGAGAAGUAAACAAAAGAAUAUAUUGGUGGUUUUUUAAAGAAUCUAUUUUUUUUAAAAUUUUCAAUUAAAACUACUUAAGACAUAGUAUUAAAAGUAGAACAAGCUUUUAAGGAUGGUAUUGAAGAUUUGAAUUUUAAGAUUUUAUUUUAUAAAAAUGAUGAAGAUAUGAUUUUAUUUGGUAUUAAUGAAGAUAUUUUGAAAUUGUUAAUUCAUUUAGAAAAUAAGGAAUUUAAAUAUCAACUUAAAAAAUUUGAAGUUGAAGUUGAUAAAUAAAACUAUUUGUUUAAAUUAAGAGGGGCCUAAUUAAAAAUAGAUCUGAAAUCAAUAAUAGACCUGCUUAAGAAAUUUGGAUUGUAGCAAGUAGAAAAUAAAAAGCUUUUAUUUUCUACUUUUUAAAAUAAAGAUGAUAACUUUUAGAGUUUAGGUAAGAAUAUAUAAUAUUUUUAGUAAGAAUUUUAAAGUAUUUCUGCUUCAAUCGAGAAUAAAAUAAUAAUAGAGUGGCUUUAUAGGUUUUGCAUUAGAAAUUCAGAAAUGCUAUUAAUAAUAAAGAUUUAUAGAAAGAACUACAACUUCUAAAAUACAUAAAUUUUAACAAUAUAGAAUAAUUAUAACUAUAGUAAGAACAAUAAUAAUAAAGAUAAGUAAUCUCGCUUAAUAUAAGAGCUGAAUUGUAACAAUUUCCAAUAAGUCAAACAAUCACUUUGGAAGUAAAAUUUUAAUUAUAUAUCAUUAGCCUAAAUUCUUGGAUGAAAUAAUUUUAGAAAACCUUCAUCAAGAAUUUUUAGAUAAAUUUGUUACAAAUUAAUAAAAGAUAUAAUUUUUUAAAAUAUCAUAAGGAAAUUACUAACUUUAGUGUUUUAAUGACUAAGUUGUGACUUAAUUUAAGCAAUAUUUCGAUAAAUUUCAAAAUGUUAGAUUAGAGUUAGAUAAAACUUCUCUGUCUUGCUUUGAACUUAGUCAUUAUUUGAAAAAAGAAUUAAAAAAGAGAUGCAUUUAUUGGAAAGUAAUGGGACCAGAAUAAUUAUAUUUGAUAACAAGGAUAAAUGAAUCGCUCAAAUACGCAUAAGAUUUCAAAUACUACAAAGGAAAAAAAAUUUCAAUGCUUAGUCUGAAAGAGACAAAUAUUAAUGAAAAAGUUGAAUAUCAAUAGUUGGUUCUUGCCAGAACAAAUUAUUUUAAAUAUAAAAUUUAAGAUUUUCUAAAAUAAGUUUUGACUACAAUAAAAGAAAUUGAGUUCAGAGAAGAAUAGGAAAUCAGUUCCUUUUGUAUAAUUCAUUCGAACUAUAAUAAUUAGGGAUAACAAAUGAAUAGAUGUAUGGAAUAAAUUUAGCAUUUGAUCGAAUCAAAGAUUUUCUUAGAAUUAAAAACUAAACCAGAAAUUGGAAAAAAAAUCCUUGAAAAAAUAAUAGAUAUAUCUGAUUUAUAUGUGUCUUAAAAAUAAGAAUAUUAAGAUUAUUACAUAACGAUGUUAGGAAACAAAAAGAAUUUUUAGAAAAUAGAUUCAUUAUUUUAAAGGUUAUAAUUACCGUAUGAAUAAGUUAUAAAUUUACAAAUUAGUUUUUACAUUGAGCAAUUCAUACCUUAUAGGAAUGUUUUCCAACAAAGAUAAAAUAGAGAUAAAUUUAAAAAAUACUUAGAAGGUAAUGGAUAUUUUGUUGAUGAUGCCAAUAUUAAAUGGACUUUAGAAAUUAAGCAAUAAUUAUCAAAAAGUAAUUUAAUAUUUAUAGAUUUAGUUAUGAUUUUUUAAAAUUUAAUUGAAUGGACAAAUCAAAACUUCAUGCCAAAUAUAAGAACUAAUGAUUUAUAAGAAUUAGAAAUGAUAGAUUAAUCAUAAAUUUAGAUAAAUUUUUCACAAACUAGUUACUUAGAAAUCGAAAAUAGUCUUCUUCACUUCCUAGAUAAAGAUUAUAACUAAAAUAAUAAAGGAGAUAAUAGAGAUUUAUAGAUAUUAUAAUAGAGUGGAUAACUAGAUAAAUAGAGUUUUUAAGAAAAUUAAAUAUUACCUUUAGAAUUAUCACAGAUAAGAUCUGUGAGUGAAACCAGUGAUCAAGAUUCCCAUAUGAAUCUAUCUGGAUUAGGAAAUUAAUAGUAUGAUAUUUUAGCAGACUUUCAAAAAGGUAUUCAAUAAAUAGAUUUCCCUGCUGAUUCUUAAUUAGGACAGACUAUACGAGCUUACUUAAAAAAUCAAAACAUUUUAGUCUUUUAGCCUUAUGUAGAUUAAAACUAUAAGGAAAUUUUUUCGAAAAUGACCGUUGAAUUCAUUGAAAUUUAUGUUGUAUAAAGCGCAGAUAAAGUCUAUAGAGAAAAAUUCUCAAAGAAAAUGCUGUUUAUAAUGAAACAAACAAUUGCAAUAGAAAAAUUUCUCAAAUAUCCAAAAUAAAUUUUAAUAGUAUUCAAAACAAAUAAGUUACACAAAUAUAAUAAUUAUCAAGAUAAAGAAAAGAUUUGCUUAUUGGAAGAUAAUUUAGUGCUACCUUAUUAUUUUUUAAAGAGAAAAUGA